AUGGAUCAUUUCAACCAUACCUGGACCCAGACAUUCAUCCUUGCUGGUUUCAAUAUCUCUGGGAUGCUACGAAAAUUGGCUUUCACAGGAACCCUGUGCAUAUACCUUCUCACCCUUGCAGGGAACUUGUUCAUCAUUGUGCUGGUUAAGGCAGAUUCUGGGCUCUCCACACCCAUGUACUUCUUUAUCAGUGUGCUCUCCUUCCUAGAGCUCUGGUAUGUCAGCACAACAGUGUCCACCCUGCUGCACACCUUGCUCCAUGGGAGUUCACCCAUCUCCUCAGCCCUGUGCUUCACACAGUUGUAUGUCUUCCAUUCCUUGGGCAUGAGUGAGUGCUACCUGUUGUAUGUCAUGGCACCAGACCGCUACCUUGCCAUCUGUCACCCACUCCACUACCAUGCGCUCAUGACCACACAGGUACAGAAAUGGUUAGCAGGGGCCACAGGGAUGAUUGGCUUCUCAGGUGCACUUGUGUCAAUCAGCCUCACUGCUACUUUGCCCUACUGCUUGAGAGAGGUAGCCCAUUACUUCUGUGACCUGGAACCCCUAAUGCGGUUGUCUUGUGUGGACACAGGCUGGCGUGCUCAGGUCUUUAUUGUGAUGGUUGGCUUCUUGAAUACAUGCCCUCUUGUUAUCAUUUUAGGAUUCUAUGCAGGCAUUGUGAAAGCUGUGCUGAAACUGCCCUCAGCUGUCACUCGUGCCAAGGCCUUCUCUAUCUGCUCCUCUCAUGUCAUAGUUGUGAUAUUGUUCUUUGGUUCUGCCUGGAUUGUGUAUGUGGGGCCACCUGUGGUGCGUGCUGAAGGCAGAGACAAAGUUAUGUCCUUGAUGUACUCUUUUCUUAUCCCUUUUUUCAACCCAAUUAUUUAUACCCUUCGUAACAAGGAAGUGAAGGAGGCUGUUAAAAGGAUUGCUGAAAGGAUGAAUGGUUUCCUGAAGAAACCUUGA